UUGCAGAAUCACAUGAUUGAACCGGGUGGGAGACAGCUGAUUCAAAACCGAUAACUUGUCUCGUUUAUGUUCUCUGUGCGUCUCUGGUGUGUGUGUGUGGGGGGUGUGAGAGAGUUUUUCUUUUUAAGAUGAAUAGCCUUUGCCACAGUCUCGCUGUAUUUUUGCUGGCGGUAUUUAGUUUGAAACGAGAGACGGCGCAUGGAGUUGAUAUUCCUCAAUUGAAUAAGGACACGUUAAUAAAGGUUUUGGAAGCGGCUGUACGUGUGCGCUCCCCAGAAGAGUUCAACGCUGCUGAUGCUGGGGGGUUCGACCCUCGUUUUCAACAGGUGCCAAAAAAGAAAAAGGAAAAGUACCAGAGUGGCACGGCUGCUCACCGAGCUCCUGAGCCCAAAUUUGAAGAGAAAUAUUUUCAGCAAGUGCUGGACCAUUUUAAUUUUAACAGUCAUGGCGAUAAGACUUAUCAACAGCGCUACUUAAUACAAGAUCAGUACUGGAAGAAGGGUUACGGACCAAUAUUUUUUUACACUGGCAAUGAGGGGGACAUUUGGGAGUUUGCUCUUAACUCCGGAUUCGUUUCCGAGUUGGCUGUGGAGCAUCAUGCGCUGGUCGUUUUUGCUGAGCAUAGGUAUUAUGGCAGAUCGCUUCCUUUUGGUAAUUCAUCUUUUGAGCUUCCUAAAAUUGGACUGCUGACGAUUGAACAAGCCUUGGCGGAUUAUGCAGUCAUGAUUACAGAGCUGAAGAAGCAGCUUGGUGUCCCGGAUUGCCCUGUGAUUGUCUUUGGUGGCAGUUAUGGAGGGAUGUUGAGUGUUUAUAUGAGACUAAAAUAUCCCAAUAUAGUAACUGGAGCUCUUGCUGCCAGCGCCCCUAUCCUCUCUGCUGCCGGGCUGGGAGACCCCAAGCAGUUUUUCCAUGAUGUCACUGCAGAUUUUGAAAGUUACAGCUCCGAUUGUGCCAGUUCAGUGAGGAAUGCAUUUCUGCAGAUUGAAGAAUUAGCUAAGCGUCAAGAGUACCAGAAGAUUAGAGAUGAAUUGUCACUCUGUCAGGCACCCUCUUCCAAUAAGGAUAUUCACCAGCUGUACGGGUUUCUGAGAAAUGCCUUCACUUUAAUGGCAAUGCUCGACUAUCCGUACUCUGUGUCAUUCAUCCAGGAACUUCCUGCUAACCCAGUCAAGGUUGCCUGUGAAACUAUGCUUAAUAAAACUGACCUUGUAAAAGCACUGCGAGAUACAGUAGGUAAGUAAAUAAACAAAUUUCUGGUUUGAUUUUUAUACAUAGUAAACAUGGACUGGAGAGGAGGCUCAUAGUGGGGAAUCUAUGGACCCCCCGAGGGAAGGACUGUAGUUACCAACAGGACACUAUAAUGCCCUGCUGCAGGCAAGGACUGUCCUCUGGAAUGAUUUUUAUAGAUAUAUAUUUCGUUCAAAUUCUUUCAAUAUUUGGAUUCGUAUAUAAAUUUCUUCACUCCUUAUUUCCACUAACAUUUGUUUUAGUAUCCCCACCCACCCAGUCCACCUCGGUCUCCCUCAGUCCACCUCAGUCCAUAACAAACAGAUUGAGAGUUGACUUUUUAGUGUAGGAGGAGGAGGAGGAGGAGGGCGAGCUCGCUGGCUCCUCUGAUUUUAGUUUCUGCACUGUCCCGGCAGACAGUUUCAGCAGGCAGGCUGCGUGAUCGACCAGGGGCACGGGCAGAGAACCGGCUCUCUC